AUGCUGAACUCCACUUCUCCAGCUGUGGUUCAUUUCAUUCUUGGAGCGUAUGUGGACGUUGGAAGAUGGCGGUACUUGUGCUUCCUGAUAACUGCGGUGUUAUACUUGAUAAUUGUUGCAGUCAACGUCCUGCUGAUCGCGGUGAUCUGUGUGAACCGGACCUUACAGGAACCCAUGUUCCUGCUCCUCUGCAGCCUGCUGGUGAACGAACUGUACGGCAGCUCAGGCUUGUUUCCCUUCCUGCUGGUCCAGAUCCUCUCUGACGUUCACAUUGUUUCAGCUCCGCUCUGCUUCCUGCAGAUCUUCUGUCUUUACUCUUAUGUAAAUACAGAGUUUUGUAAUUUAGCCGUCAUGUCUUAUGACCGAUACGUCGCCAUCUGCUGUCCUCUCCAGUAUCACGCCGUAAUGACGCAGCAUAAAGUAGCAGUUGUGAUUAUUCUGACCUGGCUGUACUCCUUUGUGAAGUUUCUCAUCACUUUAUUGCUGACCGUCCGUCUGACUCUGUGUGGAAACGUGCUGAACAGCACGUUUUGCCGUAACUACCUGGUUGUGAACUUGGCGUGCUCUGACACCAGCGUGAACAACAUUUACGGACUGUUUGGUACUGUAAUCACAGUUCUGGUCCCGCUGCUGCCCAUCCUUUAUUCCUACACUAAAAUCCUCAGAGUGGUUCUGUCUGGCUCCAAACAGACGAGGCAGAAAGCCUUCAACACCUGCGUGCCUCACCUAGCCUCACUCCUCAACUUCUCCUUCGGCUGUUUGUUUGAAAGCCUUCAGAGCAGAUUCGAUAUGGUCUCCAUACCCGACGGGCUGCAGAUCGUCAUGUCUCUGUACUUUGUGAUUCUUCAGUCUCUUCUCAAUCCCAUCAUGUACGGAAUGAACCUGACAAAAAUAAGAAACGCAUGUAAACAGCUGUUCUGUAAUAGUUUAGCUGGUGAUAAACUACUUGCAUAA